AUUGACGCAUACGCCUGUUGAGCGCGAAGCAAGUGCAACUGACACUCGUCCAACCUCUAGACCGGCGCAAGCAAGCCGUUUGAUCUGCAAACAUAUUGUAGCUAGCGGCGGGCGCCAGAGCCGCGUUUGGUUCUCGGUGGCGCAGCAAUGUAUAAUCAACCCGGAUAUGGGGCGCCCAGACCGCCCUUUCCACAAGGUGGAGUGCCCCCAGCGCCAGGGAUGAUGCUUCAGGGCGCUCCUGGGGGAGGCUUCCCGCCAGGGCCUCCGGGUAUGCCCCUGCCGCCUGGUAUGCCGCCGCCGCCGGGACCUCCUGGCAUGGCACCUCCGGGCAUGCCCCCGCCACCAGCACCGUACGGCAUGCCUCCCCCGCCUGGGCCGCCCGGCAUGCCGCCGCCGCCCGGGCCACAGGGAAUGCCGCCUCCGCCGGGCCCGCCCGCCAUGCAGCCCCAGGGGAUGCCGUUUGGGCACAGCAUGGGUGGCGCGCAACCUCCCCACCCGGGGCAGAUGGGCAUGCCUUCGGGCGCACCCAGGCCGCCCGCACCGCCGCCGCCGGGGAGCUUCGGCGGCGCACCUGGCAUGCCCCAGCCUGGCGCACCCCCACCACCGGGCAUGCCCGGCAUGCCGCCGCCGCCCGGGCCGCCAGGGAUGCAGCCGCAGGCCCGGCCGCCCGGCAUGCCGCCGCCGCCCGGGCCUCCUGGCAUGGCGCCCAUGGGGAUGCCGCCGCCACCCGGACCGCCGGGCAUGGCUCCGCCGCCGGGCCCCCCCGGCAUGGCGCCUCCGCCGGGCCCGCCCGGCAUGCAGCCUCCUGGCAUGCCUGGAAUGCCACCCGCUCCCGCCGGCUUCCACGCGCCCGGCGUGCCGCCACCGCCCGGCAUGCCUGGUGGGCCGCCGCCGCAGCCGGGCAUGGUGGGCAUGCCGCCGCCCAUGAACGCCGGCUAUGACCCGUACAGCGGCCAGCGCAUGAUGGAGCAGUUCGAGUCGCUGACGCUGGGGGCCGCCGGCCCUGGCCAGCCCGAGGGCGUUGACCCCGCCUCGCUGCCGCGGCCCGUGGGGGAGGCCCUGGAGCGGGCGCUGACGGCGCACAGCCCCGGCGACCCCGCCAACUGCUCGCCCGACAACAUGCGAAUGACCAUCAACGCCAUCCCAGUCAGCACCGCGCUCAAGGCCAGGAUGCCGCUGCCGCUGGGUGUGGUGGUGCACCCCAUGGCCGACGAGUUCUACGGCCGCCAGGUGCCGGUGGUGCAGCUGAGCAGCGCCGGCAUCGUGCGCUGCCGCCGCUGCCGCACCUACAUGAACCCCUUCAUCCAGUGGACGGACGCGGGGCGCAGGUUCAAGUGCAACGUGUGCGCCAUGUUGAACGAGAUCCCGGUGGAGUACUUCUCCAGCCUGGACCAGAACGGCCGCCGCCGCGACGCCGAUGAGCGGCCCGAGCUCAGCCAGGGCACAGUGGAGUACGUGGCGCCUGCGGACUACAUGGUACGGCCGCCCAUGCCGCCCGUGUACUUCUUCUGCAUCGACGUGUCGUACGCGGCCGUGGCCAGCGGCGCCGUGGCCACCACCGCCGCCGCCAUCAAGGCCUGCCUGGACCAACUGCCGGGUGACGAACGCACGCUGGUGGGCUUUCUCACCUUCGACAGCUCGCUCCACUUCUACAACCUCAAGGCCAGCCUGACCCAGCCUCAGAUGCUGGUGGUGACGGAGCUGGACGACCCCUUUGUGCCGCUGCCAGACGACCUGCUGGUGAACCUGCGGGAGAGCAGGCAAGUGGUGGAGGCGCUGCUGGACGCGCUGCCCAACAACUUCGCCGGCACGUCCGUGGUGGAGAGCGCCAUGGGGCCGGCGCUGCAGGCUGCCUUCAUGGUGUCCAGCCACAUCGGCGGCAAGCUGUUGCUGUUCCAGUCGAGUGUGCCCAGCCUGGGCGUGGGCCGAGUCAAGAACCGCGAGAACCCCUCCGCUUACGGCACGGAGCGCGAGCCGGGGCUGCGCAACCCUGACGACCCCUUCUACAAGCGCUACGCCGCAGAGUGCAGCCGAGUGCAGAUCACUGUGGACGUCUUCGCCAUGGCCAUGCAGUACACCGACCUGGCCAGCCUGGCCGCCAUUCCCCGCUACACCUGCGGAGAGCUGUACUACUACCCCGGCUUCAUGGCGGCACGUGAUGGCACCAAGCUCACGGCAGAGAUCACACACAACCUCACCCGACCCACCGCCUGGGAGGCCGUCAUGCGCGUGCGCUGCAGCAAGGGGUUGCGCAUCAGCGCCUUCCACGGCCACUUCUUCAACAGGUCCACCGACCUGCUGGCGCUGCCAACGUGCGACCCCGACAAGGCCUUCGCCAUGGAGAUUGCGCACGAAGAGGGUGUGGUGCAGCCGGGCUUCGCCUACGUGCAGUGCGCGCUGCUGUACACCAACUCCAACGGCGAGCGCCGCAUCAGGGUCCACACCAUGGCGGUGCCCAUCGUGUCGGAGCUGGCCGACAUGUUCGCCGCCACGGAUGCCGGCGCCAUGACCACCAUGAUGGCCAAGCUGAGUGUGGAGAAGUACCUCUCGAGCCGGCUGGACGAGACGCGGCAGUCGCUGCACGCCAGGCUGAGCGGCGCGCUCAAGGAGUUCCGCAUCAUGAACGCCAACGCGGCGCUGCGCACGCCCAACAAGCUCAUCUUCCCCGAGACCUACAAGUACCUGCCCAUCUGGACGCUGGGGCUCAUGAAGUGCGCCGCCUUCCGCGGCGGCGCCAAGGAUGUGAACGCGGACGAGCGCAUCGCGGUGGGCCACUUCCUCAUGGCCGGCGGCGUGGAGGCCGUGGCGCGGCUGGCCUACCCCACCGCCUAUGCGCUGCACGACCCCUCCGGGCCCUGGGGUAUGGAGCAGCAGGACGGCUCCGUGCCGGUGCCGGCGGCGGUGCCGCUGUCCGCCGCGGUGCUGCAGGACGGCGGCGUGUACCUGAUUGACACCGGCCGCGUGUUCGUGCUGUGGCUGGGCCGCGCCAUGUCUCCGCAGUGGUGUGUGGAGGUGUUUGGCACGGACCCCCUGUCGCUGCCGCAGGACACCAGCGCCGUCACGGUGGAGCCGGGCCGCGACACGCCCAUGUCCGGCCGGGUCACCACCCUGCUGCGCGCGCUGCGGGCGGGCCGGCCGCUGCACCAGCAGGUGUUUGUGGUGCGGCAGGGCUCCCCGCUGGAGCCGCACGUGCUGCCGUACCUGGUGGAGGACCGCUCGCCCUCCACGCAGUCCUACACCGACUACAUGGUCAGCCUGCACAAGGCCGUGCUGGCCAAGUAGGCGCGCACGCGCCGCGUGUGGGCGUGGGUGUGGGUAUGGUUGGGUGCUGGGCGGGGGUGCGGUGUGCGGUGGGCCUGGUGCAAGGGUUGUGGCGGUCAGCCGUUGGGCGCUCGGGGGUUGUAAGGACCACGCGGGGCGCUCGGGAGUGGGUAUGGGUCGGGAGAAGUGUUCGGGUUAUGGGGUUUCGUGCCUGUGGAGGAAGGAUGUGGCAGGGCUAGAUGGCAGUGGAGGCUGGCAGGGGAGGAGCUCGACGUGUGCUGCUGGGUAUCAGAGGUUGAGACUUGUGGUGCCCAAGGAACUUGGCGGAAGGGCGACCGUGAAGCUGCUGGCACUGGGAAGGUCGAGGAACGUGUUCACGGCUUUGGUGAGGCUGGAUAAGGCACCGGUCAGAACAUGGUUCGUGGCGGUCAUGGUGUGUGAGGCGCGCCAGGGGACGAGUCUGGGUUAUAUGGACAUGAGCUGGACAUGCAGCGAGAGAAGUGAGAGCCGGGUCUUGUGAGCUAGAGUUUGAAGCAGGCCGAGCUGAUUUCUAUGAAGAACCGCGAAUGCUAGUGUAUCUACGCUUUGUCCACCUGGUGGUUAACGAAGGACUAGUGGACCGCCGGAUGCUCCCAAGCCCAAUGGGGCAAGGUGCACGUUGCUGUGAGUCACAGGUCCCCCACUCCGCUGUCACCUAUCUGGUUUUAACAGCCUAUUCCAG